CAAUUGUUUUGUUUAUGUGUAAGUGUUACAAGUGUUAUCGUAACACGUUUUGUUAAAAAAUAAAUGGAAAAAUGUGUGAUUUAGAUCAGCCUAUAAAGUUGUUUGUGAAGUGGAAUGGAAAGGAAUAUGAUCUUCCAGAACUAUCGCGGUCGGACUCGGUAGCAAUGUUGAAAGUCGCCAUAGAAAAUGCCACAGGAGUUAGACCGGAAAGACAAAAGCUUCUCAAUGUUAAAUUUCAAGGAAAGGUAGCCACAGAUAACUACACUCUAUCUGAGCUGAAUUUGAAACCGAACCUCAAAAUAAUGAUGAUGGGUUCGCUAGAAGAGGCGAUACAAGGCGCUCAGUCUAAGCCUGAUGGUGGGGAUGAUGUUAUUAACGAUUUGGAUAUUGAAGAAGAAGAGGUGGAUGUAGAAAAUCAAGAGAUUUAUUUAGCAAAGAUCAAUAAAAGGGUACGAGAUUAUAAAAUAAAAGUAUUGAAUGAACCAAGACCUGAUAAGAAAUUGUUAGUACUGGAUAUAGACUACACUCUGUUUGAUCAUAGAUCAGUUGCAGAAACAGGUUACGAGUUAAUGCGUCCAUUCCUACACGAAUUUCUAACAUCAGCUUACAAAGACUAUGACAUUGUGAUCUGGUCGGCAACUGGUAUGAAAUGGAUAGAGGAGAAGAUGAAAUUAUUGGGCGUGUCUACGCACCAGGAUUAUAAGAUAAUGUUCUAUUUGGAUUACUUAGCUAUGAUCACUGUACACACACCUAAAUAUGGUACUAUUGAUGUAAAACCUCUAGGCGUUAUUUGGGGUAAAUACCCGCAAUACAGCUCAAAGAACACAAUAAUGUUCGACGACAUUCGAAGGAACUUCAUCAUGAAUCCAAAAAGCGGGUUGAAAAUACGAGCAUUCCGACAAGCGCAUUUAAACAGAGACAAAGAUAGAGAAUUACUGCAUUUAUCCGGUUAUUUGCGGGAAAUUGCCCGGCAUUGCGACGACUUUGAUACUCUGAAUCAUAAGAAAUGGGAGAAAUAUAAACCGGAAAAGAGAAAGCAAGCUGGCAGUAAAAGAAAAGCUGACGAUAAUGCCGACAGCUCUGGUGCAACCGCUAAUGAAUAAGUUUAUAUAAGUUCAGCCUCAAGGUUUAAGACUGCAAAUAAGACUUUUACAGCUUUAUAACAAAAAUCUUAGAUAAUUUACAGUCUUACUCUUAUCAAUUGAUUCUAAAGUGAUAAAGACUAUGUGUAACCGUCUCAAAGCAGAUAUCUGUUAAAUUUCUCUCAUUUUGUGGUAAGACUGAUAGUGUUCAUGUAUUUAUAUUGUAUGCACCAAAUAUGUAUAGAAUAUAGAUUAGUUGUUCAGUAUUGCAAUUAAAAUUAAUUUAAAUAAUCCCUAAUGUAAUGUUUUGUCGUGCCUCUAUAAAAUUUAUAUCUGAUUCUAUUUAUUUGUACUUAUUGGUUUUCAUUGUGUAGAAAAUGACAUUAUAUUUACUUAAAAGUUGUAACUAUUUAUUAUUAUUUAUCCCAACAGUCACAAGCUAGCAGGAUCAUAUUAAAAGAGCAUUUAAAUUGAAAAUAAUACUCCAAAUAAAUACUUACAAAAGA